GGGACCCAGCCGCAGGAUGGAGGGUACGCCAGUGCGGGGUGGCAGAGGGAAGAUGGUAAACUUAAAUGUGGGUAUUCAAGUUUUAGAGGGAAAAGGGCUACAAUGGAGGAUUUCUAUGAUGUAAAACUAACUGAAAUUGAUGGACACGCUGUUAGCCUAUUUGGUGUAUUCGAUGGUCAUGGGGGGUCACGUGCUGCUGAGUAUUUGAAGGAGCAUUUGUUCGAGAACCUUAUGAAACACCCCAAGUUCUUGACUGAUACAAAGCUCGCUAUAAGUGAAACAUAUCAGAAGACAGAUGCUGAUUUCUUAGAAUCAGAAUCAAGUGCUUUUAGGGAUGAUGGUUCCACAGCUUCGACUGCGGUUUUAGUGGGUGGCCAUCUAUAUGUAGCAAAUGUUGGUGACUCCCGUGCUGUUAUUUCAAAAGCCGGGAAAGCUAGGGCACUCUCAGUAGAUCACAAACCUAACAGGUCCGAUGAACGCAAGAGAAUUGAAAAUGCUGGAGGUGUUGUCAUCUGGGCUGGUACUUGGAGGGUAGGUGGCGUACUGGCAAUGUCCCGUGCGUUUGGUAAUCGUCUACUGAAGCCAUUUGUGGUGGCAGAACCUGAAAUUCAGGAAGAAUUGAUUAAUGGAGAAUUGGAGAGCCUGGUUCUUGCCAGUGAUGGGCUUUGGGAUGCCGUAGAAAAUGAGGAAGCUGUGUCCCUUGCAAAAACAGAAGAUGUGCCAGAGUCUGCGGCCAGGAAACUGACGGAGAUUGCCUACUCUCGUGGCAGCGCUGACAAUAUUACAUGCAUCGUGGUGCAAUUCCACCAUGAUAAAAUUGCAGGAUGAGAUGGACUACAGCUGAUUUAAGGUUUCUCUGCUUCAGGCCUCUUUUUAUCCUGCAAGCGGAGUGGGGUUUCUCCCACAUCUAUUUUUGCCUCUGUGGCAACUGCUCAGGACUUCCUUCAUUGAUUCUUUCCUUUGUGUGGGAGACCUUUUCUCUUUUGAGAAUUGUAAUGGGAAUUUUUGGGUUUGAUGUAUCCAUGUCUAUGUCUGUACUAAUACUUGUUAUAUUUAAUAUAAAAAGAGUGAGUUACGGAGAUCCAACAAA